AUGGAUAUCCGAAUGUAAUUUAGAAAUAAAAAAGCUAAUGCAGAUCUAUAGAAUAAAAAGUAAAAUUUUCAUUUAGGUGUUGAAAUCAAUCUUUAGAGAUAGGGUUAUUUUGAAUAACUUUUAUCUAAAGUUUAUUUUGAUAUAAUGGCAGAAGAUUUUUAAUAUAAGGUAUAUCCUGUUACGACGGAUUGCGAAGUAAUUUUCUAAUGUUGGACAUUUGAAUUUAUGGGUUAAAAAAAUUUUGAGGGUAGAUCUAUUAAAGGUGUUUUAAAGUUCCAACCAGAUUAUCCAAAGGGUGGUCCAAGUUUCUAUUUGGAUCCAGUAAUUACAGACAAAGGAGCUGAAGUACUAACGCAUCCAUGCAUUUAUGGAGAUCAUUAUUUGUGUGUUCAUUUAUUUACAUUUUGGGGGCAAAUGAAAUGUAAAAUAGAUGAUGAAAGUAGAAUAAGAGAAAUUGAAAUUUUAUAAGCUAUUGAAUACAUUUUUAAUAACCCUAACAUCCUAGAAGGUGAUUCAUGCCCAAAUCCAUCGUUUGCAUCAGAAAGCCCUGAAAGAUAAUAAGAAAUCCAAAAAAGGCAGGCUGAGUUCUUACCAUUUUUCAAUAAAGAUACUUGA